CUACUGUAAGUGCAUGACUCCAUGUUUGGUGAGUUGCAUGUAUGAUGUGCUCUUCAUCACUCCUUGAAAGGUGUCAUCCGAAAUGGAUGAUUCAACUUUCAGUGUCACAACAGAUGCAUUUCAUUGUGACGUUUUAAACAACCUCCAUAUGAAUACUAGCUCAAGGCUGUUGCUAGAGGGCACUGCGGUUGAUUUCCAUGUGUCUAUGUUAUGUUGUAAUUUAAAGGAAAAAAGCCACUUUCUAAACUUAUGUUCACAUGCUGAUUAGUCCUGUACAGUAUGUUGGCACAGUUAAGUCUCAAUAAGAGAAGUUGCUCUACAGGGACUUCCAAAAAGGAGUAGUGUGAUCUCUACUAAAUUUUAGGUAAUCCAACUGGCCACCACAGUGUCCCCUUAAAAUUGCACAAAUCUUCAAGCUUAAACAUAAUUAACUUGUAAAUUUGGGUUAAUAUGUAUAAACUGCAAACAGCAUGAAUUUAGUAGCAAUAAAAUAAUUAGAUAUAAGUCAUAUUUGAGGCUGUAGUUUUAUACAAUGAACACCAAUGCAAACUGAGUCACCCCUUUAAGUUACCCUUUCUGUAUUCCCUUGAGAUUAUUGGCCUUUUCAUGCCUGACCAACAUGCCCUCCUUGGCUUCACUGUGACGACCAGGACUGUCACAGAUACAAAAUUGCAAUUUCUAUGAUCCUAGCAGUUCAAAGCAGGUCUAAGAGAACCAUGUGCUGUCAAGUUAACACAGAACAUUGAAGUCUUGAGGUAAUCAGCUGGAAUGACACUCAUGACCUCUGGAAGCCCUUAAGCCUCACCUAGCUCUCAAUAUCUUUUGAUUUCUUGUAUUCCUAUGACAAAGGGAAAUACACACAAUGCUCUGAGGUAUCAAAUCAUAGAUGGCACUUGUUUUUCUUUGUUAACAUGGCCGUGAAGUAAAAUAAGGAAAUUAGAAGUGCGAGCCAACCAGUAAUUAGUUCAUGUCUACCAAAAGAAGACAUUGCAGUAAAUCUCGAGAGUGAUAUACUGAGACUAAUGUAGUCCAGGACAAUUAAGACCAGUGACAGAAUCUAAUUACAUUGGGACAUAAACAAAUGAAAAAAGUUCAGUAUUAGUUACUGUAUGAUUGGACAGCAGAGCGGCAAAGAAGGGCAAAGUUACUGCAAAGUAACUACAGUUGCACUGAUGAGAAUAUACACACAUCAUCACACAAUAACAGUGGGACCACGGUGGUGAGUCAGCAGGUUUUGAAAAGCUUUCUGAACGUACUCCUUAUCAUUCAUUCAUUCGUUCAUUUAUUCAUUUGGCAAGGCAAGCCAGGUGUAUUUAUGAAGCACCUUUCAUACACAAAUGCAUUUUAAAGUGCUUUAUAAGCCAUAAAAGAUAUGAAAUAAGAAAAACUAAUUUAAAAAGCUAAAAGAAAUUAAAAAGAUGAAAGCACAGAGCAAUAAAUAGAGGAAAGUGCAGCACUCAAGUGCAGGAUGUAAGAAAAGUGUAAUAUCUUCUGUAAGUUUGUUCCAGCUCUGUGUAGCUUUGUGGGCAACAUUGUGCGAUGCAAGGAUACAAAAUUUGAUUCAUUCAAGUACUAGUCAGUUAAAUUAAUUAAUUACAUUUUGUGCAUACUAAAAUAUACUGUACAGUGAAAAAAAAAGAAUGAAUGAAUGAAUAACAGGAGAAAGGAUUGGGGAACAGUUUAAGAAACUUUCUGUACUCGUUUAAAAAAAAUCAUUUUGGAAAAUAACUUUAAAAGAACAUUAAAAAACAGUCUUCCACAACAAUUUUGUUUGGUAGAGAACUUUUAAACAGAACAAGCAGACCUUGCAACAGUAUUAGAGACACCAUAAGAGCAGUUGCUAUUUUCAGCCACAAGCAGAUGAGGACUGAAUGAAAAACCUUCAACUUUUUAGUGAUCGCAGCCCAUAUACAUGCUUAUCCAUCUGACAGCUGUCAAGAUCUCUUGAAAAAUAAGGAUUGCCGAAUGCCGAUCUAAUGACUCAUAUAUACAAAGACAUAUAUUUUACACAGCAUUUAUCAAACACCUAAAUCAACUUAAAUCUGCUCUGGAAGGAUUCUUAUGAAUCUUUCUGUACCAAAUGUAUGCCAAUUAUACUCCAUCAAAUACUUUUUGCUGACUGACCCAUGAAAUCAAUGCCUGGCUUAAACAUGCAACUUUAAUUGCUGUUUAUAUUAAUAGGCUGAUCAAUAUUUCCAUGCAAACAUAUUGCUUUUAAUGAUGCCCCCGUCAUCCUUGCAAUUCCACAGCGUGAACUUGUAAUGUUAUCAGCACACUGCCACAUACAGUUCUGCAGCUCUGUAGAACCUGCCACAAGCAAUUUACCAAUGCGCUUCAGACUGCAAAAUGCUGGGGCACCCUGCUAAUUUCUCCUUACUUAAACUAUAUACAUAUAUAUUCUAUAGUUUAUAUUCUGCCAAUUACAGGUCUUUCAUGCCAAGUGAAAAUAAUUAAAGACCAGGGAUCCCUGGACCAGCUGAACCCCUGUGAUCAGCAUUCAGUGAUGCCACCCUCGAGAUUACUGUGGGCAUUAGGAAGAAGUCGAAAGUGCCUGGUGUCAUGAUAACGCAGUUUAUGGAGGAACUUCCAGAGGGAAUGUCAACUCCAGAUUUCACCCGCAAACCCAUUGCUCUGACUAUUCAAGAGGGUAAAGUUGCAGUCUUUAAAGCCAAAGUAGUGGGCACCCCAACACCUACUAUAACAUGGAGCAGAGCAAAUGGAGAAAUACAUUUUCACCCUGACGUGUGCCUGCAAAAGUAUGAUGAGGCAUCUCACGAACAUACCAUUGAGUUUCCUAAGGUCGCUCCAGAGGAUGCUGACACCUACAAGUGUUUUGCAACAAAUGAAUAUGGAAGGGCUGUUUGCACUGUUGUCUUGAAUGUUAUCCAGGUCGGAUUCUCUAAGAGCAAGGAACUUCAAAAGAAACAAGGAGGAGAAGAUGCAGUAGACUUCAGAAAAAAACUUAAAAAACGUAGUGCUGAUGGAACACGUGAAGAAAAGCCAAUGGAGCCAGAGGAGAAGGUCUGGGAAAUUCUCCUUAGUGCAGAAAAGAAAGACUAUGAGCGCAUCUGUGCUGAAUAUGGUAUCACAGACUUCCGUGGCAUGCUGAAGAAACUCAAUGAAAUGAAGAGAGAGAGAGAGGAAGAGAUUGCGGAGUUUGUUUCACAAAUCAGUACACUGAAACAUAUUGAGGUCAAUGAUGACGACUGUGCAACAAUUGAGUUGGACAUGGACCUCAAGGAUCCUAGCAGCAAGAUUUUCCUGUACAAGAAUGGCGUCAUGGUUCCUUUCAGCAAAGAAGAAGGCGACAACUUGAGGCAUAGUUUGAAACAAGUUGGCAAGAAAUAUGUAUUUACAAUUAAAAAACUAGGUUCAGAAGAUGCUGGACUCUACUCAGUGGAUGUUGAGGGUGUCAAUGUUUUCUCCACAGAAUUUAAAGUACCUGAAGUUGACUUUGCUGUCAAAAUUCAGGAGGUUAAGGCAGAAGAAAGAGAGGACGCCCUCUUUCAAUGUGUCCUUACUGCACCUAUGAAUGAGGUCAAAUGGUAUGGAAAAAGCGCACUGCUGUCAAACAGUGAGAAACAUGAAAUCAUUGUAUCUGAAGAUAAGCUUAUCCACAAGUUGAUUGUGCGGGACUGUAUGCCUUUGGAUGCUGGUAUCUAUGCUGUGGUGGCAGGAAUCAAAUCCUGCAAUGCCUGGCUUGUAGUUGAAGCUGACAGAGAUCCUGCCAACAAGGGCAAGAAGGCAGCUCGCAAAACUACUAUGGCUGGAGGCGGUAAUGACGGAGAUCUGAUGAAAAUAGCUAAGGAACAGCAGGAAAGAUAUCAGAAAGAAAUGGAAGAAAAAAUGGAAAUUGCCAAGAAGGCUCAAGCAGAGAAAGAAGCUGCAGAAGCAGCUGCCCGAGCAGAGGCUGAAGCAGGUAAAAAGGCAGCGGCUGAAGCCAAAGCUGCGGCUAAGGCUGAAGCUAAGGCUGCUGCAAGGUCAAAGAAGGCAGCAGCUAGCAAGGAAGGAGCUGCAAGAAAAACUAAGAAAAAAGAAGCUGGUGCCGCUGGUGGUGCGGGCUCUGCUGUGGAUGGUGCUGGAGGUGCUGCCGGUGGUGCCAUUGGUGCAGGGGGUGCCAGUGGUGCAGGGGGUGCCAGUGGUGCAGGGGGUGACGGAACUGAUGGUGGCAAAGGUGCAGGUGCUGGUAAAGGCAUCGGAGCAGGUGCUGGUGGUGGUGCAGGUGAAAAAGAAGAUGGAAGUGGAGCUGGAGCUAAAGGUGGAGCUGGGGGUGGAGCUGGAGGUGAAGAAGGUGAAGGUUUGGGAGAAGAUUUUGAGGAAUAUGAUUCAUUUGAAGAUUCUGAUGAAGAAAUUGAGGGAGAGGGAGAAGGAGAUGGAAAAGGAGGAGAGGGUGGAGAAGGAGGUGGAGAAGGAGGCGGAGAAGGAGGCAGAGAAGGAGGUGGAGAAGGAGGUGGUGAAGGAGGGAAACGCAGGAAACGUGUGAGAGAUGGGUCACUUGUUCCAGAUACAGUAAUAGGAAAUAAUAAUGAUGAGGAAACCACAAAUCAACAAGGUGAAAAAUCUGGGACAAAAGGAAAACGUCCCAUAAAGAAAAAUGUGGAGGUUGAAGAAGCUGUUGUUGCAAAAAACACAGAACUGAGUGGUGCCAGUGGUGAUAACGGCACCGGGCCAACAGCAGAGAGUGAUGAAUCUGCUGAAAAUGGUGAGGGUGUGGACAGCGGUGAGCCAGCAGCAGCUGGCAAGCGUUCAGGCCGUGCACGGCAAGGCCCAUUGAUCGUGGAGAGAGUUAGUGACCCAGUAGUUCACUUUCAUGCUGGGCUUUCUGACUGCAAAGCCAUUAUUGGAGAAGCAGCAGUGCUGGAGUGUAAACUGAGCAGUGAAGACUGUAAAGGAAUCUGGUACAAAGAUGGAGAUGAGAUUAAAUCAUCUGAGGGUAUAACCAUUUCACAAGAAGGAAGUUUCCACAAGCUGAAAAUUCACAAAGUCACAGAGGAAUUUGCUGGAAAAUAUAAAUUUGAAGCAGAGGGAAGGAAGACAGAGGCCUUGAUUGUUGUUGAAGAUCCACCCAGAUUUGAUACUGAGGAACUGGAAGUAUUUAAAACUCCUGUAACCGUAAAAAAAGGACACAAAGCUACCUUCAAAUUACCUUAUAUUGGACGGGAACCUAUAAAAAUUCAGUGGUACCUUGAGGGUGAAGAGCUUUCGGAUGAAGCAAAUACCAAGAUCGAGCACUCAGAUGGUUGCAGCCGUCUGCUUCUAACCAAGCUGCAGCGCAAGGACAGUGGUGAAGUCAAGAUAAAACUCAAAAAUGAGUUUGGCACUGUUGAGGCCUUGAGCCAGCUUAUUGUACUGGAUAAACCCACCCCUCCAAUGGGACCUCUGGAGAUUUGUGAAGCCUCCUCCUCCUCAAUUGAAUUCAAGUGGAAGCCCCCAAAAGACAGCGGUGGCUGCAAGAUAGGCAACUAUAUCCUUGAACGACAACAAGUUGGCCGUAACACCUGGAAGAAGGUGGGGCCAAUUGGUCCAGAGGCCAAAUACAGAGACACUGAUGUAGACCACGGCAGGAGGUACUGCUAUCGCAUCAGAGUGGAGACUGAAAUGGGCAUCAGUGAGCUGAUGGAAACAGAGGACAUUCAAGCCGGUACAAAAGCAUACCCUGGACCUCCAUCAGCACCAAAGGUUGUCAGUGCCUUCAAGGACUGCAUCAACCUCUCUUGGUCUCCUCCAGCCAACACUGGAGGAACCAGUAUUCUGGGAUACAACCUUGAGAAACGCAAGAAGGGCAGCAACCUGUGGGGCCCAGUCAACCCACCUGAUGAGAUGAUCAAAGCUAAGGGAUUUGGAGUUAAAGAUGUGGUUGAGGGUAUAGAGUAUGAAUUCCGUGUGUCAGCAAUCAAUAACUCUGGAGCGGGGGAAUUCAGUACACCAUCUGAGUUUGUGUUUGCCAGGGACCCUAAAAAGCCUCCUGGUAAAGUCAUAGACUUGAAAGUGACAGAUUCCACCUACACAAAUCUGUCCCUGUCUUGGACCAAACCCAAGGACAUUAAGGGGGUUGAGGAUGAAGCCAAAGGAUAUUUUGUGGAGAUCAGACCUGCAGAAAACACAGAAUGGGAUCGUUGCAAUUCAAAUGCAAUAAUCAUGACUUCCUAUACAGUGAAAGGCUUGAAGUCAAUGGCCAUGUACUGGGUGAGAGUCAUUGCUACUAAUGAUGGAGGAGAGGGAGAGCCACAGGACCUGGAUAAUUACAUCCUCGCUAUGCCCCCUCCUGUGAGACCACGAUUCACGGAUGCCAAAAUGACGAGUUUCAUGGUGGUGAGAGCAGGAAAUUCUGCACGAUUCACCAUUAACUUUGAGGCUUCUCCUUGGCCUGAGGUCAUCUGGCUGAAAGAUGGAGUGCCAGUGUCUAAAAAGGUGACCAUCAGCAAUGCAGAGGGCACAUCCCAGCUUCUGAUUCCUUCCGCUGAGCGCUCUGACACUGGAAUCUAUACUAUCAUUGUCAAGAACAUUGUCGCCCAAGAAACAUUCAGCAUUGAAAUUAGAGUCACAGAUGAACCUAAGCCACCAGGUCCUGUGGAGAUUGAUGAAAACGUGCCUGGCACAGUGACCAUUUCAUGGACCCCAUCUCCAGAUGAGAAACGUGACGACAGGCUGCACUACAUGGUGACUAAGCGUGAUUCAUGUAAAAGAACAUGGCACACCGUUGCAGAUCGCAUCUUCAACAAUAGAUUCACAGCCUGCAACAUAAUGCCAGGCCGAGAAUACCAGUUCAGAGUCUAUGCAAAGAAUGACAUGGGCUUCUCCAAACCCUCUGAAUCACCAAAGUGGCUGAUUUCCACCAAAAAAGCAAAGUUCACUGUGAACAUGCCAGAAUCAAAGGUCUGUAAUCUAGAGUGUCCUCCCAGGUUCAUUGUCCCAUUGAAAAUGCAUGCUGCUCCUCAAGGGUAUGAAUGCUACAUGAGCUGUGCUAUAAAAGGGGAUCCAACACCUCAUGUGACAUGGCUCCGCAACAAUAUCAGUUUAAAUACCAACACUAACUACUACAUCUCCAACACCUGUGGAGUCUGUUCUCUGCUCAUAUUGAGGGUUGGACCUAAAGACACCGGCGAGUACAAGGUUGUUGCAGAAAACUCUAAGGGGAGGGCCGAGUGCUCCACUAAACUGACUGUCAGAGAAUAAAUGAACACACUGAAGAUGGUAGAAUUGCUCUAAAACCCUAACAGAAACCAAGUUUUUGGCAAUUCACAUACUGCAUCUUUAGAGUUUAGCAAACCCUGUCAAAUGUAGAAUGUAAUAUUAUUUAAUAUUGCCGGUGAUACCUUCCUUUUAGGUUGUAGUUGUACAUCAACUAUUUGAUGAAUAAAUGCCAACAAAGGUUGGCAUUUAUUCAAAGUUAAACUCACAAUAAGGUCUUAGGCAUACAAAUGUGGCUGAAAUAAAAGCCACAAACAUGUUUUGUUUUGAUUUCAAUUGUGCAAUCUCAAUAAAAUGGAAGCUUGAAAUACUAAUGUGCAAUCUUGCAUAUUUUAACUGUAAUAAUAUGCAUAUUAAACAGCAAAAAUAUUUACAGUACAGGACACUAUAGCAGUGAUUUAUUGAUUUUAAAAGUGCUAUUUUAAGGUGUGAGUCUAACGCUUAUGGGACUUGCUUGUCUGCUUGUGUCUUUCAAUGAAUUUUUUAGAUGCAGGUUUCUGGUUGGAUGCAAUUGUUAUUUUUCCGUAAUUGUGGAUUUACAAUCUCCCCUCAAUUAAAACUGAGAUGACAAAACAGGCAUGAAAAUUGUAUAUGAUUCCUGCUGUUGUACUGUGUUAUACAUGUGAAAAUAUGUGUGGGUUUGGUGUAAAUAAAUAUUUCAUACUGCUA